CAUUUCAUGGCCGCUUCAACCCGCCUAACCCUGUUGACACGUGCAAUAUACGGCAAGCCCUGCAAGUACAAUCCUGCACCGGUGCAUGUCGGCAUGCAUUCCAGGCACGUGAAUUAGCCACGUGGAGUCAACGCUCAUGGUCGAGGGUCUUCGGACCCGGCGCCUGGCGGUACUCAGGUAUUAGGGUGGUUAGGAAUGGAUUGGACAUCGUGGGACAUCGAGGGACACCGAGGGACUCCGAGGGAUAUGGAAGGAUCCUAAGGGAUCUACAGGACACCGAGGGACACCGAGGGAGAUUCUAGGACACCGAGGGAUUCUUGGAUAUACUUAUGGACAACGAGGGAUACCAAGAUGCCAAUAGAAAUGGCUGGUAAACGCAGCUAGAUAGCCAGACCAGGAUGAAGCGGAUGUGGUCGAUACUAUCCACCACACCUCGCCCAUCCCAGGAGGCUAUCUACGCAUUGAAAGCGGAAAAACGAAAGAGACUAUAAAACAGGGACCCCAACUCCAAUCUGGGGAACCUGAAACAGAAGAAAAGAAAGAAAGAAGAAAGAAAGAAAGGAAGAAAUUAAAAGAGACAACACCAACAAGAACACCAAAAUCCAGCUACCAAGAAGAGACAUAAAACCUAAGAAGGUAAAGAAACUCAGGGACCGCAGCCUGCCAAGUAUGCUGCAGUACGGGAAGCGACCCCGAGGAACCCGAGCAACUACAUCGUAAAUCCUCUGUUGGUCGUCACAACGACCCAUUCACAACCCCUCUUCUGGCCUUGUCAAUGGUACGUGACGGCAGAGGAAACGAGGGCCUUGGCUUAACCGCCCGGGUCACGAGGAUGGCAGCUCUUCAAACGGCCUCCGAAUCUUAAGCUAUUGUGCGCGGCGAGAAGAUGGAUGAUUGGACGGAUAGCUCCAAUUCCAAGCGACUUCCACUGGGGUACCUGCGGUGAUGGCAUGCUCGGCUUCAGGGCACAGCGUGUCUGGCCUGGCCAGGAAUGGCGGCUCUUCCUGGACAGUAUCCAAAACCGACCACUGUCGUGGGAAUCAUAUGGAACCAUUAACUCAACCCAAAACAACAACAAAAAAGGUAAAGACCAAGGCGAGAACAUUGACAACGACUACACCAAAGGAGCCUAGCCCGCAGGACGCGGACACCUCGAGUAGCUCGAGCAGCUCGAGCGACUCGGAAAGAGAAAUGAGUGCAUGCGAGGUCGUUUGCACGAACUAUUUCUCCUCCUUACAAGAGGAGAAAAAACCUAGGAAACGGAAAAUAGCGGAAAUCGAUACGCAGGAUCAUAUCGAAAAGAAGCCCAACACAAAAGAGCAUACCAAGGAACAGACAAAGGAACAAACAAAUGAGGAUACGGAACAACCCCAAGAAACAACGACCAAGACAUUAAUGGAAAGAGUCAAAGGACAACGUAGCGACCUGGAAAGUUUUCUUCUGACGGAAAACAACAAAAUUAGCAAGACAACGAUAAAGACCAUCAUGAAAAGAUGGGGGAACAUGGAGGCAAUCCUCCAUGACCUCAUCAUAGAAAAUGAGAAGUUGAAGGCUACAAAGGAACAGUACAAGAGCGCUCCGCUCUCGUACUCGCAAGCGGUAGCCUCCGGCAAGGGUAUGACCUGCCCCAAGCCUCAAGGAAGCGGAACACCAACCGUACCAAGACCAGUACACACAAAGAGAGCAACCGAAGUAAUCCUUGUGAAACCGAGCAAGGAUAACGACAAGAGAACUAACGAGGAAAUCAAAGAGAACUUAACAAAAGAACUGAAGAAUAUACGCUCUAAACUGCACGUCGUAAGCAUACGACAAAUGAGAAACAAAGGAGUGAUCGUCGAAGUAGAGGGAAAGCAGGAUAUUGAACUCAUCCGAGGGACCCCGCUCCAAAAGGCGGGGCUUAAAUUAGAAGAGCCCAAGAAACAAAGCCCGUCGCUGAUCAUCUACGACGUGGAGAAAGAACAUACCAUGGAGGAACUGAAGAAGGACUUCAUCACGAAGAACUUCAGAGACCGAAAUGAGGAACAACAAAAUAUCCUAGAAAGAGACAUCACAUUCAGACAUUCCUUCAAGAAUAAGGAUGACAGAAUGAACUGGAUCGUGGAAGCCCCCAACGCAGAAUUUAACGAGCUGAUCGGAAAAGGCAGAGUAUACUUGAUGUGGGGAACUUAUCGAGUUAGAGAAUUCCUGAACAUCACACGAUGCUUCAAGUGCCACGGGUAUGGACACGUGGCAAAAAACUGUAAUGGACAAGACCAGCUCUGCGAAACCUGCGGAUCGAAGGAGCACUUGAAGGACAAGUGCAAGCAAAAGGAUAAACCUAAAUGCAUCAACUGCAUUCGAGCGAAGAAAACCGAAACAGGCCACGAGGUCAAAAGUAAAAACUGCCCCGUAUACCAGAAUUACGUGGAGCUAGUAAAAACUAAAAUAAACCGGACAUGAUUAUAGGACAAAUUAAUGCUCAACGGUCGGCUGCAGCAGCAGCAAAUAUACUAAACCGAAUAUAUAACGACAAUAUAGACAUAGUAUGCCUCCAAGAACCUUACACGGUAAAAACAAGGUUAAAGGAUACUCCGCAAAUGUAACAGUACUACAACCAAACACCGAAGCACCAUGGGUAGCGGCAAUAAUAGCAAACAAAAAUAUAGAGACAUUUCAAAUCAAUCUGGAAAACACACAGCACACGAUGGCAUUUCAAGUUAAAUACGGACGACAGGAACUAUAUAUCAUUAAUUCAUACUGCCAAUACUCACUCGAAA